AAACCAUAAAAAGGGGCUAGGAUGCUGGAACUGAGGCAUUUGUGUCAAUCGGGGACAAGGUGGAUCAGGACCCAGGCAGUAUUUCUAUAAUCCCCUUACCCCAGAACUACAUACACUAGGAUGUAUUUCCGUUUUUUCCCUUGAGCUCCUUCAUGGAAACCUAAAACUAGAGGAAGGUUUACCUUUUUUUAUUUUAAAUAUUUACUUUGUCUUUAUAAAUAGUGUUAACCACUCUAAUGUUGAAGUGAUUUACCCGCAGCACUGUCUUGGGCUGGGAAUUCUGAGCUAACAAAAAGAUCAAAAGAAUUACAGAUUCUUUGAAACUAUUUCCCAGAAUGGAGUGAGUUUUGUUGUUGUUAUUGUUAGUUUGUUUAUUUUUCUUUUAUUUUCUUAUUUAUCCUGGGAAGUCUAUAGCAGGGCGAGGGACUAAAAGAAGUCUUUGGACAACCCUGAACAAUACCAUAUCACCCCCUUUACACCGUUUCCUUUUUGUUUUUAAUUCCGGCACCCAAUACAAUUCCUAGAACAUAGAAGACACUUAAUAAACAUUUACUGAAUUGAAUUCAAUUCUCAUAUUUCUGGAUCCCAAGUAACAGUGCUGGAGUAGGAUGGGCUAGAGCUCUGUCCAGCAAGGAAACCUGUCCCCCUUGCAGUCCCCCUAGUCAGCUUGUAGGCAGCUCAGGGUUCCCAUCAAUCACUUAUAGGAUCAAAGGAUUAUAGAAUUGUGAGCUUAGAGAUCAAUUAAAACCUUCACUUCUAAACUUAGGUUUAGAAAACUGAAGGCCCGAGGGGUUAGAUGAACUAUGCAAAGUCACAAAAGUAGUCAAUAUUAGGGCUGAGAUUUGAAUUUAGUUUCUCUAACCUGGGGGCUAUUGUUUUUUCCAAAUUCAAAGGAUUGACAGGCAUUCAGUAUAAUGCAAAAAAUUUUAUCACUCUAUCAAGACCUGCUAGGUUCCUAUCCCAGCUCUGACACUGUGUGGCCCCAGGCAAAUUACUUCACCUCUGUAUGCCUCAGUUUCCUCUUCUGUAAAAUGAGGAUAGGAUUGAUGUGUUUUUGAAAACUUAAAAUGUAAGCUACUAUCUGUACCUGGAAUCACCCUGCUACUAUAUAACACUACCAUUUUUUCAAUGCUGAUAAAAUGAAUAGGAAUAUACUGUGACACCCUUGUGAAAUUAUGUUUGGGGGGUGAGGGGAAGAGAAAGAAUCUUCCCUUAUAGAGGGAGACUCUAAUAAGGCUUAGGAAUCAGGGCAGCAGAAACCUUACUUGCCUUGAAGUCAAUAAUCAUGGGAUUGAAUCCUGCCUCUAACCCUCGAUGUGUGAUCUUUCUGAUCUUCGGUUUCUUCAUCUGUAGAAUGGACAGGGCUACCUUGCUCACAGAAUUUUUGGGAGGAUUAAAUUAGAUAAUGUAUGGAACCAAAUGAGAUAACAACAUAUGUAAAGAAUUUUGAAAAUCUUAAAAGACCUGUAGUAAAUAUAACAUAUAAAUGGUAGCUCAUUGUUAUUAUGACUAAAAGUUCUUUAAUAAACCUUGGAGUGCUAUAUAAGUAGCAACUAUUAGUAUUUUGGCGAAAAAGUACAAUGACACAUGGGAAGAACUGAAAAGACUCCCGGCUUCUGGAACUAUGGUAGGGGGUGGUGGGGAGGAACGCUCUGAAUAGAAGUGGGAUGGGGAAGGUUCUAUGGUGUGUGUUUGUGCUCGUCCCAAGCAGAGGAACACAUCCUUUUCCCUCCUCUACUUCUGGGGAAAAGCCCAGGUGUGGCCGAGGUUUCAGCCCUAGGAGGGCUGGCCCAGCAGGGACAGGAAGCAAGGACGCCGGGGAUUGUCUCUCCCGGCAGACGCAGUCCCCAUUUAGGAGGAAGUAUGCUGGGCGCUCUCCUCCGGUGACUCCACUCUCUAUAUUGUUCCACAGGAAACGAGGGAGUGAGCAAGUGAGAAAGAAAGGGAGGGAGCCAGUCAGCCAGCCAGCCCUCGGUCGGCUAGUCCAGGCCCCACACUUAGAUGUCAGAAGCCUAACUUGCUUUUGAUCCAGUAAUUUCUGAAACUCUUCUCAGUCCAGCUCAUGGGUCUCCAAAGUGGCCAGCCAUUUUCAAGGUAGCGAAGCGGUCGGAGAGGCCCGAGAGGCCAGCUGGGCCCGGGAUGGAGACAGCGGAUGGUCUCGGGGACGAGUACGUGCUGGUGGAACAUGCCUUCGAGUACACCGGGAAGGAUGGACGGCGCAUCAGCAUUCAGCCCAAUGAGCGCUACCAGCUGCUGCGGCGGAGCACAGAGCACUGGUGGCACGUGAGGCGGGGGCCUGGCAGCCGUCCCUUCUACCUGCCCGCGCAGUACGUGCGGGAGCUGCCGCGGCUCAGCUCCCCGGAGGACCCGGCCUCUCCCCAGAUGCCCUUGCCCGGCGCUGCCCCGGCCACCUGCGCCCCGGAGCCUCUCACUUACGAUUACAAAUUCGUUCCCGCAGAGACCGCGCCCGCCCCGUCCAGCGGCGACUCCAGGAGUCCCUCGGAGCACGCGACUGGCGCCCUGGGCCGCUUCAGCUCCUUCCACAGCCCCGGGCGGCGCCACGACGCUGGCAAGCGGAGCAGUUUGGCCCCUGGCCUCCCAACUACCCUGUACCUCCGACCCGCAGCCCCCAUCAGGACUGCACAGUCCUUGGACGACCUGGCUCGGACUGCAGUCGUGCCGGUCUCUGGGCUUCUGGGGAGCUCGGGGUCCUACAAGGCUUGCAGCGUGGCGGGCUCCUGGGUCUCUCCGAGGCCCCUAGCCCAGAGUCGGCCUCUCCCCAUCAGCCGGAGUGACUCGGAGAACAUCUAUGAGUCCAUCCCGGACGUGCGAGGCGAGCUUCCCAAAGAGAAGGUAGAGAGUUCUCUGGACCCUGUGUAUGUGAAUGUGGAGAGGCAGCAGCGAAUUCCUGUUCUGGCUCCAGUCCCUGACCCUAUUCCAACCCCUACUUCCACUAGUAGGACUUCCACUAGUCCUGUGUGGGAGACUCAUACAGACUUGGGCAGUGGACGGCCCUAUUAUUAUAAUCCAAGCACUGGGGAGACCACUUGGGAAUCUCCCUUUGAGCCUCCUGAGUCUGCAUCUAGCCCAGCUACCUCUCUAUCCCCUCUGGGCAGCCCGGGGGACCCUGAAGCAGAGUGGGAUCAGUACUGGGAUGAAGAGAGCCGGAGAGUGUUCUUCUACAACCCCCUGACUGGAGAGACUGCAUGGGAGGAGUCCACCACUCCUGAGAUGCAAACGGAAUUUGCUCCCUAUAGCCCCAUGGACCAAAGGCCACCAACACCAGAAGCAGAUUAUCCGGAUGAGCUGACGUGUUAUCCAGAGGAAGACCGCUCUCCAGGGAGCUCUUACACUAACCCCAGCCCAGGCUCCCCAGCCCCAGGGCGAACAACUGACCCCUACACACCCCCCGGCUGGUCCUGCCACAUCACUCCAGAUGGGCAUUGGCUCUAUACCAACCUUUAUACACAGGAGCAGUGGAUGAGGUCCGAGGAUGAGCAGGGGAAACCAUACUUCUACAAUCCCAGUGACAGCACCACCCAGUGGGAGCUUCCCCAGGUCUCUGUCACAGGCUGGCGCCACCAAAGCAGCAGCAGCAUGUCCGACCAGUACAAUGAUUCCCUGACACUGGCCAGCCCUCCACAGGAGAAAUCCAAGACUCUGGAUAAAGCUGGUGUCCUUCAUCGCACCAAGACAGUGGACAAAGGGAAACGUCUACGUAAGAAGAACUGGAGCCCAUCCUGGACUGUGCUAGAAGGAGGGAUUCUGACCUUCUUCAAGGAUUCCAAGGCCUCCAUUGCUGGCAGCCUGAGACAGCCAUCUACUUCGCAUACUCCAGAGUACACUGUAGACCUUCGAGGAGCUACCCUCAAUUGGGCCACCAAAAACAAGUCCAGCAAGAAGAAUGUGCUAGAGCUCCAGAGUCGAGAUGGCUCCGAGUACCUGAUUCAGCAUGACUCGGAGGCCAUUAUUGGGACAUGGUACAAGGCGAUCAGCCAGGGCAUCCAAGAGCAGUCCACAGAGGCUUAUCCUGAGACUGACAGUGAAAAUAGUGCUGACUUUGGGUCCAGUGAGCGACUGGGAGGUGGAAGGGAAAAAGAAGAGGAAAAAAAACAUCCUAUGAGUCCCUUGGGGCCUGAGAAUGACUCCAAUAAGGUUCGACACAAACUCCGAAAAUUCUUAUUGAGGAGACCCACACUGCAAUCCCUUCGGGAUAAAGGCUACAUCAAAGAUCAGGUGUUUGGCUGUGCACUGUCUACAUUAUGUGAGCGAGAGAACAGCCUCAUACCGCGCUUUGUGCAGCAGUGUAUCCGGACAGUGGAGUCUCGGGGGUUGGACAUUGAUGGACUGUACCGCAUCAGUGGGAAUCUGGCCACCAUCCAAAAACUACGCUACAAGGUGGAUCACGAUGAACGGCUGGACCUGGAUGAUGGGCGCUGGGAGGACGUCCAUGUCAUUACUGGAGCACUGAAGCUCUUUUUCCGGGAGCUGCCCGAGCCCCUGUUCCCCUUUUCUCAUUUCCGCCAGUUCAUUGCAGCCAUCAAACUCCAGGAUCAGACCCAGCGGAGCUGCUGCAUCCGGGACCUGGUGCAUUCCCUUCCCGCUCCCAACCACAACACCAUGUGUCUCCUCUUCCAGCACCUCUGCAGGGUGAUCGAGCACAAGGAAAAAAACCGCAUGUCUGUACAGAGUGUGGCGAUUGUUUUUGGGCCCACGCUGCUGCGGCCUGAAUCUGAGGAGGGGAACAUGCCCAUGACGAUGGUGUUUCAGAACCAGGUGGUGGAGCUGAUACUCCAGCAGUGCAAAGACAUCUUCCCCCCAUGCUGAUCAAGCCCUGCCAGCGGCCAGCACACACCAGGACAGUGGGAUGUUGACACAGUGGGAUGUUGACACAGUGGGGUGGGUGCAAGGGAAAGGGGUGGGGGGACCAAUGUAACCAAUAAAUGGAGGGAGUUUUCCUUUGCGCUGGGCUUGUUUCCUGUGGCUCAGCAGAAUGAGGGUCUCUAGUAGGUCUUGAGCACCCAGCAGUUUGGUAGGAAGGGAAGAAAUAGCCUGCAUUAGCCUUCUCUUCCCAAAUCUCUCCUCCCUUUCAAUCCCCUAAUCCAGAAAGCUGCAGGAAGGGACCUCAGAUACCAUCUUAUCUGACCCACUCACUUUAUAGAUAAGAAAAGAAGCCUUGGGGCCAAUGAGGAAAUACCCCCAAAUCAUUUAGGCAGUAGUGUGGAGAAAGGUGAGGGGGGCACGAGAAGACAAGGCUGGAAGCAGAGGGGAAUCAGGCUACCGAGAGCCCUGAGUGCCAGAAAAAAGGAGCUUGAAUGAUAUUUGGCUCCUGCCACUAACAAUUCUUGAGCAGAACCACGCUGCCCACGGAAGGAAGGAAUUAGGUUUCCAGGUUAUUCUUCAAGCCCGCGGUGUACCCGGGUGCUCUUUGGCGGCCUUCUAAUCUCCAAGAGUCUAGGAUCUCUCGGUCCACAUAAUUCUUAAAAGAUGCACAAUAAAAGAAAUGAGUGAACAUUCUACGCCUCAGCCUGGAGUUAAGACUGGCAAAAUGAGUUCACUGGAAACUGAGGGACCCCUAAUUUUAACCAUCAGGUUAUGAGGGCUCAGUCUUUAUCUGUGAUUCUGGACAUCAUUCUUCAUCCUCCUGUCCACUUUCCCCUGGAAAGGCAAAUUCCUUGCCCUCCAUCACUAUCAAAGGGACUUAUCCCUGGGGAGUCCACAGUGACCCCUGGUGACCAAUUUAAGUAAUAAAAAAGAUCACAACCCUUUCAUGACCAGCGGUUAGAGAGCUGUAUGCUGAGGAAAUGGAGAGCAUGAAUCCUAAUUCCCAGAAGAAGAUUGCCGUUUAAGUCAAUGGGCCUGAAACUUGAUGGAUUUGAUUGCUCAUGCCUGUCAAUAAAAAAGAACACACUGCCAAUUUUACUUAUUUACAAAUUAUAUACAUGAACUUUACUUGAGAAGCAGCCUUAGCCUAGUGGAUAGAGAGUUGGUAGGGAAGCCAGCAAUACCCAGGCUUUAGUCCUGCCUCUGACACAUGACUGUGUGAUCAUGGGCAAGACACUUGACCUCUGGCUGCUCAAAGUUGCAGAGAAAAUGUCAGUUUGAUUUGGGGGAAAGAAUUUGAGAUGAUCAGUAACACAGGUCUAGACCUUAUUCCUCUAGUCUACUAAUAAUUAUGUAUGUUAUGAAAUAAAAUAAAAGAUAUCUAAAAAGGAUCCAUGAGGAAAUCCUAUUUGAUUGUAAAGUCAACAGCAAAUCACCAGUGUUAAUUAGAAUUAAUUAAGUAAAAGAUAAUAAAGCCCGAAAGAGGGUAGGCUACUGACAGUUUGUGAAGGAGAAAGAGAGAAGGGAUUUUCAUUCAGUCAUUCUUUCAGUGGGGUCUGACUCUUUGUGACUUCAUUUGGGCUUUUCUUGGCAGUUACUUGAGUGGUUUGCUAUUUCCUUCUCCAACUCAUUUUACUGAUGAGGAAACUGAGGCAAACAGAGUAAAGUGACUUCCCCAAGGUCACACAGAUAAUAAGUGUCUGAGGCUGGAUUUGAAUUCAGGAAAAUAUGUCUUCCUGACUUCAGGACUGACUCUCAUUGUGCCAUCUAGCUGCCCAAAUAUUAGCUAAGCACCUACUAUGUGCCAGGCAUUGUACUAAAUUCUUUACAAAUAUUUGUGAGGUAGAUGCUAUUAUUAUCCUCCUUUUAUAGUUGAGGAAAUUGAGGCAGACAGAAAUUAAGUGACUUGGCCAGACUCACACAACUAAUAUCUGAGGCCAUAUUUGAAUUUGGACCUCAUUGACUCUAGGUCUAAGGUUCUAUUGUGCCAGCUGACUGCCUGAAGGGCUUAAAGGCUAACUAGAGAAGUUUAUAUUUUUUCCAAGAUGCAAAAGGGUCCUUAAACAAAGGAGGGCUAUCUGACACACAUUUAGAAAAAAAUCCCUGAUUAUAGAGUGAGGAAAAUGAAUUAGAAAAAGAGACAUUUGAAGCAUUCCUAAGGCAAUAGUCCAGAUGAGAAGUGAGGUAGAGGUUUGGCAGGGUGAGUAGAGAGAAGGGGACAAGUAGAAAAAAUUGGGAGGUAGACACAAAAGUCUUUGGCAACUAUUGGAUAUAGAGCAUCAUUCAAUAAACAUUAAAUGCCUAAGGAACAAUGUUAAAUUCUGGGCAUAUAAAGAAAGGAAAAAAUCCCAAUCAGAAGCUCUAAUGCAGGCUCUAGUAUUAAGGUGGGGUUGGAAAAUUUAAGGUGGGAUUUUAACUGCAAUUUGAAGGUUGCCUGGGAAGCCAAGAGGUGGAAAUGAAGGGGACAGCCAGUGAAAGUGCCUGGAGUCUGGGCUCUGGGAUGCCAAAUUCUCUCCUGGGAUAGAGUUGUAUGGAAGGAAUGGUGAGGGAGAAGGAGGCAUGGAAGAAGAUUGGAGAGGUUUGGAAUAUCUAACAAAGAGUUUACACCUCAUCCUAGAAGUCAUAGGAAGUCACUGGAGUGAGAGAGAAGAGUUAAGAAUGACUCAAGUGCAGAAUAUGGUGCCUUGGAAGAUGUCUGCUUCACUUACUCCACAGUUGGGCAACAAGGACUAGAGGAAGGAGGGAAGAUGUUCUUCUUGGCACCUGAGUAUCCCCUGUGGGUGCUUAAGUAGUAAUAGGCUGUAAUAGCUUUGGGGCAGAAAUUGGGAGCUUGAAUUUGGAGGAAGAAGAAAGAGUAAGAAAGUACUGGGGAAUAAAGGUUGGUAAAUCUGUGCUAAAGACAAAUCCUGUGAUUAAGGAUCAAGGAGGAGGGUAGGAUUAGACCCAUCUUUUCAUGUUCUGAUUGCCUGAUCUUUGAUCCAUAGCUUUAACAUUAGAAACCUAGAAAAGUCAAUGGCUAGAGAAGUCAAUGACAGCUCAUAUACACUUAGUUCUUGGUUAUUGUUAUUUCUUAGUCAUUUCAGUCCGCUGAGUCUCUGUGACAUCAUUUUGGGUUUUUUUGGCAAAGAUAUUGGAGUGGUUUACCAUUUCCUUCUCCAACUCAUUUGACAGAUGAGGAAACUGAGGCAUAUUAGGUUAAGUGACUUGUCCAGAGUCACACAGUAAGUGUCAGGGUCCAUAUGUGAACUCAGAUCUUCCUAUUCCACUGCACUCCCAGUUGCCCCCAUAGUACUUUACAGUUUAUAAAAGAGCUUCCUAACAAUAAAUCUGUGAGAUAUAUGCCCAUUUUAAAGGUAAAACAACAGGAACUAAAACCCAAGAUUUUUUAUUCCACAUCUUUCUACUAAAUCAACAGAAACAAUAUGAGAUCAUGGACCAAACAAGUUUCACAAGACUGCCGUUUUACCAGAGACAAGGUCUCCUUUAUCUAUUAUGCUUCAUCAGCUUCCAGUUUAAAAAGUCCUUUACCUUCAUGGUGUUUCUGUGGCUAUUCAAUUUAGAAUAAGGACAUCCAUAACUAGAGUCUACAUCUUUUCUUGUUUUUUGUUGUUUUUACUAUUUAUUGAUGUCUCAUGGUGUCAUUAGCUUCCAUUUGUCCAAUUCUAAUUUUUAAAAAAGUAUUUUCUUCAGUCAACCUUUACAUCUCUUUUUUCACUUGGCCAGUUUUGCAUUUAAGGAACUCUUUUUUUUUUUUUUUAAGUGGAUUUUUGUGACUCUUUUUCUCUUUAGUCAAUUCUGUUUUUUAACAUGUUAUUUUCUUGAGUAUUUUUGUGCUUCAUAAUUUUCUUGUAUUACUCUCAUUUUCCUAAUUUUUCCAAACAAUCCUUUUUGAGCUCUUCCAGGAAUCCUUUUUGGGCUUUUUCUUUGAGGCUUUGCACAUAGUUGCUUUGAUUUCAUUGUUUUCUUCUGAGUUUGUAUCUUGAUCUUCCCUGUCUCCAUAAUACCUUUCUCUGGUCAAAUUCUUCUUGUUUGCUCAUUUUUCCAACCUAUUUCUUGACUUUUGACUUUAUAUUAAAAUUGGAUUGUGCUCCAAUAUGCUCCACUGAGUGGAAGGGGCACUGUCCCAAGAUUCAGGGAUUUUUGUGCCACUGUUUUCAGCUAGCUCUAAGAGUCUGAAAGUUUUCAGUUCUUUUAAAAUUGUAUGAUCUAAGAAGAGGUGUGGUCACUGCUCUCCUGGCCUGUACUGUGGCCUGCGAGUGACCACAAGCACUCUGGAACUGUGGUCAGGGACCUCCCUCCCCCAGGCCACAAACACCAGAAUACUAUUCCAUUUUGCACUUUUCACCUUGCGAUCUCAACCUGGAACUAUGUAUUGGCAGUGCACCCUGUGCUAGCAAAAGAAUUCCUUGUGCUCCUCUGGUCAGUUCAGCCCACUUACUGUCCAUGUGCUCAGAAUUCUGGAAGCUGUACAGCAGCCUCCAGGACCUGCUGAUGGCUCCCAGCACAUCCUUUGCCAGGUUGUGAUUGGAACCUGGUGAGACACAUCUUUCCUGUCAACCUCCAAAGUUGUCAACCUGUAAAACUGUUUCAAUCAAACUUUUGUUGGUUCUGUUGCUCCAGAAUUCAAUUUGAAGCAUUAUUUUUAAAGUUGUUUGGAGGGGGAAAAUCAUAGAUCCCAGUCCUGUAAUCAAGCUAACUCUGAGUUCAGAUCCAACCCCAGACAUGGCUUUAUGACAUCGUGAAGUCACUUAACCUUUGUCCACUUCAGUUACAUCAUCUGUAAAAUGGGAUAAUAGUAGUAUCCACAUCCAGGAUUGUUGUGAGUCUCAAAAAAAAAAAAAAUAGCAAGGUAUUCAACACAGUGCCUAACACAUGGUACAUACUAUAUAAAUGUUAGGUAUUAUUAUUAUCAUUACAUUAUUACAUGAGUUCAAAUCUAGCCCUAAACUCUUACUUAUGAGACCCUGGGAAAGUCACUUAAACUUGUUUGCCUCAGUUUCCUUAAUUGUAAAAUAGGAAUAAUCAUAGCUCUUACCUCACUAAUUAUUGUUUAGGACAGUACCUGGCAUGUAGCAGGUCCUUAAUAAAUGCUUGGUCUCUUCUCUUAAAAUAAAGAAAAUAAUAGCAUCUACUUAAAGGAUUGUUGUGAGGAUCAAAUAAGAUAUUUAUUUAUUUAUAUAUCACUUAGUACUAAUAAAUGCCUAUUCUCUUGUCCCCUUUCUUCCUUAGUACUAAGCAAUUAAGAUCUGCUGAUUCUAUUUCUUAAAAAAACCUCAUGAACUAGAAAAUCAUUGAUUAAUGUGAACAUUCUCAUAUACAAAGACCACUAGAAAAUGGGAUUUGUGUGAAACUGUGACUCUACUAUAUGCAACUUACUUGUUCAUUUGGAUGUGUUGUAAAUUUACUAUUGUAAUAGCAACCUGAUCCUGCUUGUCAAUAUCAUCUUGUGAACUCUCUUUUCUCCUCUGAGUAUUUUUAUAUGUUUCAUUAAUAUUCUUUACUUUCUCUUUUUUCAUCUGUCUAUCUAUGACUACACUCCUUUCUUCUAUUCCCAAUAAAAGCACUCAUAACAAAUGGAUAGUCAAACAAAAGUUUUGUGUUAUAAAUAAAUGUCUUGUCUAGAAAUAUAUUUCUCAUUCUUCACCUAUAGUCCCAUCACCUCUUCAAAAGGAAGGGGAAAUGUGCUUCAUAAUCAGUCUUCUAAAGUUAUCAUUGACUAUUGCAUUGAUUCAUGUUAAGUUUUUCAAAGUUGUUUUCCUUUACAAUAAAUGGCCAUCAUAUAACUAA